AAGCCUUGCAUCUCUUCUUUCCAAUCCCUCUCCCAUUCUCAAGAGUUCACCCCCUUCUCUCUCUCUCUCUCUCUCUAUACUCCCGCUAUGGCUUCAAAACGUCCUACCACUGGGGAUUACAUGAUCUUUCGCCCCAAGAAUGUAGGACUGCUCCAAAUACUAGGCCUUUUGAUCUUUAAGAGAAGCCUAGCAAGACAAAAGGGUAUAGAGAUUAGCGGCUCCACUGACCUCAAGGGCACCGAUCCAUGGGUUGUUGCUCUAACCUUGCUUAUCCAGAAGGUUUUAUCAGCCAUUAGCACGCCCUUGGCAUGGGUGGGAAGAAUUGCCGAGUACAUCCUGAACUUGGUAGCCCUUAAUGGUGGCAUCCUAGGCCUGAUUUGGCACAUCAUCACAGUGUCCGUUGUCUUCCCCAAACCUGAUGCUGCCAAUUAUCGAUCCUUCAUCGGUCACAUUGAUGGCCGGCUUGAGCUUUACAAGAGCAACUCGCUGAUCCAGUACUUCCCCUUGAUGGAUACCCCCACAAAUAUCGGUGACAUAAACAUCUUGGAUCUCACCAUGAUGGCUGCAAAGGUUGCCUAUGAGAAUGCAGCCUACGUCCAGAAUGCAGUCACUAAUCACUGGAAGAUGCACUUUGUGGGCUUCUUUAAUUGCUGGAACAAGUUCCUCGAGCAGAAUGCGACGCAAGCUUACAUAUUCUGCAACAAGGCAGAGGAUGCUGAUCUGAUUGUUUUGGCCUUCCGCGGCACCGAACCUUUCAAUGCCCAGGACUGGUCGACUGAUGUCGAUCUUUCCUGGCUCUUUACAGGCAAAAUGGGGAACGUCCACCUGGGAUUCCUCAAAGCACUUGGUCUCCAAGAUGAGAAGAACUUCCUUAAAGGGUUCCCUAAGGACUACAAUAGCGCUCCUGACAAACCUGUGGCAUAUUAUGCCUUAAGAGAACAACUCAGGUCUCUAAUCCAACAACACAAGAAUGCAAAGAUUGUUGUGACUGGACACAGCUUGGGUGGUGCACUCGCAGCCAUCUUCCCUGCUUUGCUUUCCUUCCAUAAUGAGAAUGAUAUUUUGAGUUCCAUGUAUGGUGCCUUGACUUACGGGCAGCCAAGAGUUGGAGAUGCUCUCUUUGGGACUUAUAUCGAAACCAUUGUGAGAUUGAAGCAUUACAGAAUGGUGUAUAGGUAUGAUAUCGUCCCUCGAGUCCCAUUCGAUCUGCCUCCGGUCGCUCUGUUCAAGCAUUUUGGUACUUGUAUCUACUACAAUGGCUGGUAUAAUGGACAGGUGGUGACAGAAGCCCCAAACGCCAACUACUUUGAUCCGAUGUACGUGAUUCCUGUGUACUGGAGCGCUUGGAGCGACCUCUUCAAGGCUCUCUUCUUGGGUGCAACACAAGGCCGGGACUUCAAGGAAAGCUUUACCUCGAUCAUUUACAGGCUAUUUGGGCUCAUCAUUCCUGGAGUCGCGUUCCACAGCCCAAGAGACUACGUCAAUGGCGGAAGAUUGGCUAAGAUUGCAGACAAGAUUAUGGUCUAAAAAGAAGGAUGAUUUAGAUGCUAUGGUGUGCCGAAGGAAAAUAAGUGUCUGGGUUUAGUGGAUUGUGUUGGAGAAGCCGUUGUUGUCACAUGGUUUGUGUUUGUUUUCCGCUCCUCCUUAUAAUAAAUAAGCAAGUUUUACAAUAAAUGGGCCUGGUCUAUAAUUUGAUAUAAAAUGUGUAGUUUCAGAAUA